AUGUCUACUUAUCACCUGACUCUCCCUCUGGCCCCUUGUUCCUUUGCAUGGCAAAUUGGUGUCAGGAACUGCCAAAGUGCGGCUUAUAAUGGAAAUGCUGGAGAAGAUCAAUCAAACAUCCGCAAAUGCAGUGGAUGCAAAGCGAUCAUUUAUUGCAGCAAAGCUUGCAAAUUGACGAAUUGGAAGUUUGGCGCCCAGCCUGGGGACCGAGCUCAUAAACAGCUUUGUGCGAGCAACAAGAAGCAUAUGAGGCACGUUCCUUACUUCCGGUCUGAAGCCCUCAAGUUUCCCUGGGCUCGCAUAGAAUGGGACGGUUCUUGCAGUCACGAUCUCUUGAAAGCACGCUUGGGUGUCCUAGGAUCGGGAAUAGAUUUUGGGUAUUGGUCUGUGUCAGGCGGGAUGCGCCUCCAUGACGGGCCUUCCUCCAUCUCUGCUUUGUUUAAAGAUCCUGUUUUCCAUCGAGCAAUGCGGAAGCCCCGCAAGGAACCCUAUACCCACGGCGAAGUUAUGCUCAAGAAGGAGUGGCCGAAUCACACUGACGCCUGGAAGUUGAAAGAUGAGAAGGACGUGCCGCGUUUGUCUUUUACCAAGGAGUUCCCGCCGCCGAAGCAACCAAAGUAUGGACAAGUAAAAGAUUGGGAGUCCUGGUACGCUUGGCGAGGUCUGGAGCUCAAGUCGCCAGCGGCUCUGUUGAUGGAUUUCCCUCUGUCAGUAUAUCACCUCUUGACAAAAAUUCUGGAUGUGGUGAACCCGGCAAGUACCCCGUCCAAGCGUCAAAUAUUGCGAGUCCAUUAUGUUGGCGUUGAGGUGGAACUCGACUUUCUCCCAUUAUUCUCUGAACUUGCUCUUUUACUCCCGAACACGGACCUCACUCUAAUUUUUUUCGGGAAAGUGGUUCACGAUCUCGUCGAAAUUACUCGGAAACGUUAUCCUGGGUCGCUCGCGACCAAGGACACAGUUUGGAGCUACGCUGCACCAAAGGAAACUGGCGGCGGCGCCAUUUCUAUCAAGCUCUGGGUUGAAGCCGAAUACUGGACAAAAGCUGUUUUGGACGUUGGCGAGUACCCUGAUGCCAUGGUGGCCAUGAACGCGGGGCUAUUCUCUUAUGAGAAUUGGUCGGAUCCCAUAUACGUCACUGCUGUCGCCGAUAUUCCGUUUGCGAUCACAGAGUACGCUGAGCAAUCCACGGACUUGUGUGCCGCCAUGCUCCCGUACAAGCUUCAAUCUAGGAUCCCUUGGACCAGCGAUCUGAGGGCGGUGAAGGCGCUCUCGAAGUCGCGGUCGUACCAGGCGACCAUCAACCCAUUUCACCGUCCAGGACAGCGAUCCAUUCCAUUUUUCAGAGUUCCGAAUGUUUACAAUGGAUUUGCGAUGCCCGUUGUUACUACUACUGGGCUACGGACUCCUCGAUCAUUUCUUCUCUAUAGGCGUUGGCGUUGGGGAAUAAUAAUUCUUGCCGCUUGCGUAAUACUUUCAUUCGCUUGGAUGCGCUGGAGCGGCGCGUAG